CCGGUCUUGCUCGCUAGGGAUGAUGGGAGUUGUAGUCCAAAAUCAGCUGCUCGCUAGGGAUGAUGGGAGUUGUAGUCCUCCCCCCCCCCCCCAAAAAAAGCCGCCGGAGACCGAAGCUUGGGAAAUACUGUUUUAGCCUAACAUAGCGCUCGAUCAUGCUCUGCCGCAGGGUUUCCCAAACUUGGGUCUCCAGCUGUUUUUUCCGGACUACAAUUCCCAUCAUCCCUGGCCACUGGGUCCUCCUAGCUAGGGAUGAUGGGAGUUGUAGUCCAAAAUCAGCUGGAGACCCACGUGUGGGGAACCCUGCCCUACGGACUGAGCUGAUCGUCUAAUAGGUGCUGGGCUGGAAGCGCCUCGCAAGGCAGGAGUCUGCUUUAUCCCACCUUCCCCUUGCGAAAGGAGAAAACAACCGCGCGGUCUUCUCGGCCUGGAAAGUCUGGUUUCCCUGGAGGAAGCAACCCGAUCGUGGAAACGACAGGGAGAGAGGAUCUGGUCCGGGCAUGGAGGGGCAGCGAGUCAUCCCCCUGGCUCAGUACCCCGGGGUCACCCGGGAGCGUUUUCUGCAGGACAUCUACCCUCUGGUAGGGGGGGGGGGAAUCGCACUUUCCGUGGUUCUCUUGUUACCAGCCUUGUAACGAUAAUCAGCUUUAUAUUUUUGUAGAACUCUUAAAAAAACAAAAACAAAACCGUCAGACUUAUUGCCAUGAUACUUCUUUGCCUUCUGUAAAACAGCAACACCGCACGAUGUCCUCUCCAAAUGCAUGUGUUUGAAAGGUCAUGCAUUUAAGCCCUGGGUAGGUAAGGUAAAGGGACCCCUGACCGUUAGGUCCAGUCAUGACCGACUCUGGGGUUGCGGCACUCAUCUCGCUUUAUUGGCUGAGGGAGCCGGCGUACAGCUUCCGGGUCAUGUGGCCAGCAUGACUAAGCCACUUCUGGAGAACCAGAGCAGCGCACGGAAACACCGUUUACCUUCCUGCUGGAGCGGUACCUAUUUAUCUACUUGCACUUGGACGUGCUUUCGAACUGCUAGGUUGGCAGGAGCAGGGACCGAGCAACGGGAGCUCACCCUGUCGCGGGGAUUCGAACCGCCAACCUUCUGAUCAGCAAGUCCUAGGCUCUGUGGUUUCACCCACAGCACCACCUGCGUAAGCCCUGGGUAGCCAAGCCCAAACAGAUUUACAAAUUCAUGUGUGUGUAGGUGACAAUUUCCAGACGGGUCCUCCUGUUAGGCUGCAAUAGGUUGUAAUGGAUUGCUUUCAAGUCACUUCAGCACCAGAUGGAAAAAAAACCAUCCACCAACUGCCCCACCCUGCCCUGUAUUUUACCAGAACAUCACAACGUCAACAUGAUGCUCAUAUUGACUUUCAGCAUUUUUAAGUUGAAACUCAACUUAGCAAAGAUGUAAUGUUUGAAAGCAUGUAUGUAUUUGCAUUGAUUAGUAACAUUAUGCCAGUAUAUUCUUAGAUGUCAUAACUGUCCGUACUGUUGAGAAUGGUUGUUGGUAGAAGGUAGUAGAAUUGCAAAAAUAUUCUGCAAUAAUAUAUAUUUUUUAAUCUUAGAGAAAGCCAGUAGUGCUGAAAGGUAUUGAUUUGGGUCCUUGCAUGACCAAGUGGACCGUGGAUUACCUCAGUCAAGCAUCAGGAAAUAAAGAAGUGAAGGUUCAUGUUUCUGCGGUGCCACAGAUGGACUUCCUCAGUAAGAACUUUCUGUAUAGGUAUUCCGUUUCAAUACUUUCUCUGCUGUUAGAGGAAUGCUCCAGACUUUUAGAGACUCAGUGCUUCUGCUUGAAACUUUUUAUAUGGGAUCUGUGCUUUCACUUUGCAAAUGGCAUUCUGAAUUAUGAGUUGUUAUCUUGUUCUGCUUUUGAAGCUGUAGGAGAUUUUCUCCCUUCCAAGAACAGUUGACCUGAUGUUCUGUGGGGGGUGAGAUCUGGUUUUCAACGUGAUAUAUCACCAGCUAAACAUUGUGACAUACUGAUAUACAGUGGUACCUCAGGUUACAUACGCUUCAGGUUACAGACUCCGCUAACCCAGAAAUAGUGCUUCAGGUUAAGAACUUUGCUUCAGGAUGAGAACAGAAAUCGUGCUCCAGCGGCACGGCAGCAGCGGGAGGCCCCAUUAGCUAAAGUGGUGCUUCAGGUUAAGAACAGUUUCAGGUUAAGAACAGACCUCCGGAACGAAUUAAGUACUUAACCCGAGGUACCACUGUAUCACAAUGUUUGAAAUAAGGUUGGAGCUAUGUAGAGGCAUUGGCUGCCUUCAUGUUCCUCCCCACAUUUGAUUUUGGCAUCACACACACACACACACACACACCAUGAUUCGCAAUAUAUUGCCGGGUCAAAAAUUAUAAAACCAAUAUCAUAUGGACUUGAAACCGGUUUUGGGUGAUAUAUUGUCCAGCCCUAACACACACCAUGAUUCGCGAUAUAUUGCCAGGUCAAAAACUAUGAAACCAAUAUCAAGAUAUGGACGAUAUAUUGAUAUAUCGCCCCGCGCUAUCUGUGACCUCUUCUGCUCCUCGGUUUAAUUUUCAGGCCAUCACAUCUUAUGGGACACCAAGGCAAAAGCAGUUCCCUGCCUAUGUGGCUUUGUGAUACAUUCAAAUAUUGUGCAGAUCAGACCACUUUGCUGAUGACUUGUGCUUUCUUCUGUACACUCACCCUGUUGUUUUCCUAUUGUCAUGACAUCACAAUUGGGUUUUGUGGCUUUUUCAAACCAGAACUGGGAAUUAUACAUACCAGGGGAGUGGAACUUCUGGACUGUAGGCCUAAUUAGGCCUUGCUUCAUCUAUGACAUGAGCUGUGGAGGAGGUAAAGUAGUGGCUGAGCCAGAAAGGGGCACCUGCAAAGCCCUUUGCAAGAAACUUUGAAGGAACUGUCUGCUGUUUGUAGAGGCUUCAAGUGCAGGGAAGACUCUGCAGGCACCGACAAUCAGCUGCGAUGGGCUGUAUGAGGGGAGCUGCCUUAUGCAGCCAAAGGGGCUGCAGGAAGUGGCUUUGAUUCAGAGAGCUUCCUCCAGCACUUUAAAGCUAAGCUGCUUCCACUGGACAGAGAAAAUAUGCUCCAUUUAAAAACAGAGCAUUUUUCUUUCUUUCCAGAGGAUGCAGUUUGGAUUUAAGGUGCUGGGGGUAAACAUUUCUGAAUCCCAACCAUGUUCUUAGCAGACAGAAAUGCUCUGUUUUCAGGAGAUUCUGUUUAAGUGCCAAUCAGCUGAUUAACUGCUGUGCCAAUGACCUUUGAACUUUGACAGGUGUCAAUCACCUGCCAUCUUUAUGACAUCAGGUAAUUGACUAGUGGUCCCACCCACCUGUCAGAGUUAGAAGGCUCUCUUGCCUGUUUCCCCAUAACUUCACAUCUCGCAGUGAGGGAACUGUCAGAAGGCCUUUGGAGCUGGACCUUAGUGUCCGGGCUGAAUGACAGGGGUGGAGAUGUUCCUUCAGGUAUACUGGGCCGAGGCUGUUUAGGGCUUUAAAGGUCCGCACCAACACUUUGACUGCUAUACAGUGGUACCUCAGGUUAAGUACUUAAUUCGUUCCAGAGGUCCGUACUUAACCUGAAACUGUUCUUAACCUGAAGCACCACUUUAGCUAAUGGGGCCUCCUGCUGCUGCCGCGCCGCCGGAGCACGAUUUCUGAUCUCAUCCUGAAGCAAAGUUCUUAACCUGAAGCACUAUUUCUGGGUUAACGGAGUCUGUAACUUGAAGCGUAUGUAACCCGAGGUACCACUGUAUAUACCUGUGUCAUGUCUUGUUGGUAGUAGGUCAAUAAAGAAUCAAGACUUGGAGUUCUAAAAUGGGUGAUCCUACUAGCAUUGUUGAAAGGAAGGGGUUCCCAAUUGUGCUGAGAAUCCAUGUUCCUGUGUGUGACAGAGAGGGAGGGAGAGAGAAAGUGUGAGCUGGGUAUGUGGUGAAGCAGCAGUACAGUGGGUCCUAGAGAGCUUGGGGAAAAUAAGCAAUGGGGUUUAUAGGCUAAGGUCCAGGGGUAGCCAGUGUCUUGCCCUCCAGAUGAUUUUGGACUAUGAUUCUCAUCAACCUCAGCCAGCAUGGCCAAUGGUCAACUGUAGUUGCAACAUCUAGAAGGCACCAUGCUCACUACCCCAGUUGUAGGGAAGCAGGUGACAUACAAAAGACCUAAUAUGUUUAGGAAACAGGUGGGAUUCAACUACCCAAUUCCAUUAGCAGAAGGCAGCACAAGGAAUUCCACUAGUGGAGGCAUGUCCAAAGUCCUAAUCUGGCCCACCGGUUGGUUUAAUCCUGCUCCUUCAAAUCCCAAAACUUCAAUCCUAAAAAAAGCUCAACAACUUCAACCCUAAAAAAAAAGCUUGGUUGGCCCUUUGGUCAGCCCUCACGGCCCUUCACUUCAUCAGAUCUGGCCCUCUUUGAAAAAAGUUGGGACAGUGAUUAGCGCAAUGGGAUUCAGGAGAAUUCAGGAGAAUGGGUUCAGGAGAACCCCCAGAACAGCUCAUACCCUUUAUAUAAGCAGUGUAAUUGACAGUAGCAUGUCUGAUUAUAUGACAAUUACAGUAUGUAUAUUAACAGGUUUCUGAUAAGUUUCCAUGACUGGAAGUUUAAAAUUGAUUUGAUCUAGCACAAUUAACUGAAAAAAAUGCAGUUUUGUUAAAAUGAAAAAUGAAAAAACAACUUUUUUGGCAUUGGGUUUGGGAGCGUUCUACUACCCGGAGUGUUCUUUCUUGAAUUGUUGGAACUGCUUUUCAAAGCCUAAUUGCUGUAUUCCCACCUCACGACCCUUGAUGCACAGACCAUUUUUGUUCCGCUGUGGCUCUGAAUAAUCGCCCCUUCUUCCCCAGUGAACCAAGCAGGGUAAUGUCACUACCAAGAUCUAAUUUAUCCAAUUGUCCAUUAUCAUUUGCCUGUGAAAUUCCUAAGCUGUCUUAGACAGCUCCUAUCCUCGUGACCCAUUCAAACACCAAAGGGGGACAUUGUGUGCUCUUACUUAAACUUCAUGGUGCUCUGUGUAAAAGAAAAUGAGAGCCUUGGUUUUAGAAUAUAAUGUCCCAGCAUAAAUGAAAACCACAAAUUUGUUGGGUCAGGGCUACUUGUAAUUAUUUCCAUUGUAAACAGUGGGGCUAAUAGCACAAUCCUAAAGGAAUGCACUUAGAGUUAAGUCCAUUGACAUGUUUCCUUGCCAGUAUUAACAUGACACAACAUAAAUAAAACAUUAAAACCACCGAUGCUGUGCAAAGCUAAAAACAUAAAUCAAAGAACAGUAUAAAUAUAAGCCAGUUAAGCAAUUUGCAGUGGGUUCCACACACCCCUCCCCCCACCGGGUAAGCCUUGUGGGUUUUAAAAAGCAAAGCAAUCUAUUUGGAGUUGUUAUUGCAAUGGUGCCCCAUAUCUGGUAAAAGUCCUAUUCCAUGUGAAACGCCUGGAGAGUUUUAAUUUAAAUAUAUUUUUAUUUCAGAACGUUACCUUUCGAUGUAUUCAUAAGGAGAGCUGCUGAAGCCAAACAUACAGAUUACUUUAUUUCAGAGGUAAGAUUGUGAUAUUGUAAUUACACUGAGAUAUGGCUUUUUGGGGAGAGGUGUAGGUUGAAAUUCAAAAUAUUAAUCCCGCGAAAUGCCUUAAAAUGUGAGAUGAGAACUGUACUUCGCUGUAAAUUCUACUGGGUGUGGGUGGUUCUUACUCUCAAGUAACUGUGAGCAGGGUUGCAUUAUAUCAGUACAAGGACUGUCUACUCAAAAGUAAGUACUCCCAGGUAUGUGUUUGUGUGUGCAGGAUUGCAGUGCCUCACUUCGGCCCAAUCUUUGAUGCAUUUAUAGCCAGUGCACAUAGACUCUGGUGGGAUCCACCAUCAGCUGGGGGUCCUUUCCAACUCUACAUUUCUAUGAUAUUCACCCCGGUGACUUACACUUUAUAUUUGCAGUGUAAUUGACUGCAUUAUGACUGAUUAUAUGACAAUAUGCAGAAGAGUUCUUUUUAAUUCUCUCUCUUUUUAAUAGCACUUGUUCUAUACUGGAUUCGAAGCUGUUUCACAUACAGUUUCUGAAGCACUUCGACCCCUUUAGCUGAGUAGCUACUUUAAACAUUUCUCCUUUUAUUUCAAAAUGUUUUAGUGUUUGGCAUGUGACUCAUGCUGGUAGCUUCGAGAACACUGUCCAACCAUCUCGUCCUCUUCUCCUUGUGCCCUCCAUCUUUCCCAACAUCAGGGUCUUUUCCAGGGAGUCUUCUCUUCUCAUGAGGUGGCCAAAGUCUUGGAGCCUCAGCUUCACGAUCUGUCCUUCCAGUGAGCACUCAGGGCUGAUUUCCUUCAGAAUGAAUAGGUUUGGUCUUCUUGCAGUCCAUGGGACUCUCAAGAGUCUCCUCCAGCACCAUAAUUCAAAAGCAUCAAUUCUUCGGCGAUCGGCCUUCUUUAUGGUCCAGCUCGCGGUUCCAUACAUUACUACUGGGAAAACCAUAGCUUUAACUAUAUGGACCUUUGUUGGCAAGGUGAUGUCUCUGCUUUUUAAGAUGCUGUCUAGGUUUGCCAUUGCUUUUCUCCCAAGAAGCAGGUGUCUUUUAAUUUCGUGACCCACAGCAAAAUGUUGAUGUGUGUUCAUUGAAAUGACUUCUGUCUUUCUUAAGGAUGAAAAAUAUUAUUUGCGAUCCCUGGGAGAAGACCCAAGGAAGGUGAGUAAUGGUGUCUCAUCUUAAAAGGUGUUCCUCUGCUUUCCUAUAAAACACUUCAUUGGAAUAUGCCUUGUCUUAAAAAAAGAAAAGAGGGGAAAAGAGGGCAGUUUGGAUCUGAUGGGGGUGGGUGGGAGAAUUGACUGAACCCUCUGCACUCAUUUAGAGGGCGUAUAGGCACCAAAUGCUGGAUGAGAUUAAUGAGGACCGUUCCCUGUCACAGUCCUCCCUGAUUCACAGUCCUGGAUUUAUUUAUAGGCUUAACAUGCUAUAGCUUAGGGCCCCACUCUCUUGGGGCCCCCAAAAAAAUUUAAAGGGAAAAAAACCUGGAUGUACAUUUCCAAAAUAUAAGUUAAAAAAGAAAUAAAAUAAAACCUACAUACAGCAACAGUGUUUUGUGUUGUGUAGGCUCCUAUUGGUUAUGUGCAAAUGGCUUUAGAUACCGAUUAGGUUCGUAAAUUACCAUAUAGCAUAUAUUAUAUAGCACAGAAAACAGCGACAAUUUGUUGUUGACAAAGGACAGCUGGACAUAUAAAGGGCCCCAUUACCUUCAGUAGCUUAGGGCCUCAUCAAAUCUAAAUCUGGCCCUGCUGAUUCAUAUGGUUUUGGGGAUUGAUCUGAAAGUGUACAAGUAGUGUUUGCAAAAGACGCUACUGGUUCUGAAGAAUGUGGAAUGUUUCCUACGCAAACUUCAACCAUGUUAUUCUAGCCAGAUGUUCCUAAUCUACUCGUACCUCUUCUGCCCCCUUGCAAAAAACAAACCCCCAUUUCUGCAGGGUUUGGAAUUGAAUGCGGUGUUUGGGCCUUUUUUUUUUUUUUAAGAUGCAAAAUGUACACACAAUUACUGCAUUUGUACACAUCAUAUUGUGCCUCAUUUAUCCAAACGCAGACCACGAACUGCCCUGGUUAUUGUGGCUCAAGGACCCAAUUUAUCCUUGUCAAACGAAAAGGCCUUUUUUUUUUUGCAGCUCGUACUAGUUCAUCUAGGGACGUGGGUGGCGCUGUGGGUUAAACCACAGGGCCUAGGACUUGCCGAUCAGAAGGUCAGCAAUUCGAAUCCCCGUUGCUCGGUCCCUGCUCCUGCCAACCUAGCAGUUCGAAAGCAUGUCAAAGUGCAAGUAGAUAAAUAGGUACCACUCUGGCGGGAAGGUAAAUGGCGUUUCCGUGCACUGCUCUGGUUCGCCAGAAGCGGCUUAGUCAUGCUGGCCACAUGACCCGGAAGCUGUACGCCGGCUCCCUCGGCCAAUAAAGCGAGAUGAGCACUGCAACCCCAGAGUCGGUCACGACUGGACCUAAUGGUCAGGGGUCCCUUUAACCUUUUUACUAGUUCAUCUACUAAGUCAAAUAUUCAGUCGAGUUUCCAAUGGCCCCUCAUGUCUAUGUGGGAAGAAAUACAGAUGGAUCUGUUGGAAAUGUAAAGAAAUUGAAGGUACAUUUUUUCACCUUUGGUGGACGUGCCCAAAGAUUAAGGCUUUCUGGGAAAUGAUAUAUAAUGAAUUAAAAAAGGUAUUUAAGUAUACCUUCCCUAAGAAACCAGAGGCCUUUCUCCUGGGCAUAGUGGGCCAAAUGGUGUCAAAAAAGGAUAGAACUUUCUUUAUGUAUGCAACAACAGCAGCAAGAAUACUCAUCGCAAAGUAUUGGAAGACACAAGAACUUCCCACGCUGGAGGAAUGGCAGAUGAAACUUAUGGACUAUAUGGAAUUGGCGGAAAUGACUGGUAGAAUCCGUGACCAGGGAGAAGAGUCGAUGGAGGAAGACUGGAAGAAAUUCAAAGACUAUCUUCAGAAACACUGCAAAAUUAAGGAAUGUUAGAGUGAUGUUGGACUGAAAAUAAGUGGUUUCCAGCUGCACAGGUUAAAGUUAAGGAUAGAUUAAGAUUAAAGAUUAAGAUUAAAGAAGUUUAAAGAAAUGGAAAUUUGAUUUUAAAAGGGAAUACUUUAAAGUUACAGGAUAUUAAGACCAAGGAUUAGGUUUAAAAAGUUGAAGUUAUAUAUUUUAACAUUUUAUUAAAUUAAAGAUUGGGAUUAAAAAAGUGGAAAAGAAACUGCUGGAUAAAUAAUGUGGAUUGGAAUACAAAAGAGGGAGGUAUGAGGAAGUCCAGAAAAUAAGUAACUUAAAAUUGGAAAUGGAAAAGAGAGUUUGUUAUUAAUUGUUUUGUGUUUAUAUUGUUAAGUUUUGUAUUGUUUUUUGUGUGUGUUGUUUUUCUUUUUUGUUUGUUUAAAACCUUAAUAAAAAAUUAUUAUAUAAAAAAAGAAAAGAAAUACAGAUGGAUCUGCUCCUUAAUUAUUCUCAGCACCUGCUGAGGAAUGAGAUCAGGCCUGUAUGUAGUGUCCCAAUAAUUUCCACCCUUUCCCCUUGGAUCGGACACUGUAUAGAAAACCUUAAAUAUGACCCCUACCCCCUUUUUUUGUUUGUUUCAGGAGAUUGCAGAUCUUAGAAAGCAGUUUCCUCUGCUGGCAGAUGAUAUUCAGAUCCCAGAGUACUUUGAGAAAGAGCAGUUUUUCUCUACUGUCUUCCGCAUAAGCUCAGCAGGAAUGCAACUUUGGACACAUUAUGAUGUAGGUAAUAUGCCUCUAAGCAUCUUUUAACAAAGAACAAUGACAAGCUCAUCUUACGCUUUAUUGGCAGCAGGGUGGGUUUGAUUUAAAUCAAAUCAAUUUAAAUCACUAGUCAGUAAGACUUUAUUUAUUUAUUUAUUUAUUUUUACAGAAAGACUCAUUCUUGCUGGUAUAAUCUUAAUAUUGACAACCAGAUGAAGGUUUCAUUUUUGGAAUAAUAAAUUUUCAGAGUAGCUUUUACAGAUAUAUCAAAAAUUACUGAUUUGGUAGAAAUACAGUGGUACCUCGGGUUAAGUACUUAAUUCGUUCCAGAGGUCUGUUCUUAACCUGAAACUGUUCUUAACCUGAAGCACCACUUUAGCUAAUGGGGCCUCCUCCUAUGUAACCUGAGAUACUACUGUAUAUAGACCGAUAAUUAUGAAAUUAUGGUGAAGUUUAAUAACUUAACUGUUUAUAUUUGGACAACUUUCCUGCUGUACUUUAUUGGAAGGAGAAAAAAGAUCAUUUCCUUAAUAACAAUUUAAAUAAUUUAUUUAACUAAAACUAUAACAUUAUAGCAUAUGUAUCCAUGUUUGUUAACUGAUGCGGUUAAACAUUUUUUAUUUAAACUUGGACUGAGUUUUAGCGCACAUGAAAAGUUUAAACAAAUCCUUAUUUCCUAGUGAAUAGCCUUUGGACUAUAAUGUAACUUAAACAGAAAACUAUUUAGAAAGAUUUUUCCUCCCAAAGCAUUUUAUUUUAAAAAUCCGAUUUAAAUACAGUGGUACCUGAGGUUAAGUACUUAAUUUGUUCCAGAGGUCCGUACUUAACCUGAAACUGUUCUUAACCUGAAGACCACUUUAGCUAAUGGGGCCUCCUGCUGCUGCCGCGCUGCUGGAGCACGAUUUCUGUUCUCAUCCUGAAGCAAAGUUCUUAACCUGAAGCACUAUUUCGGGGUUAGCGGAGUCUGUAACCUGAAGAGUAUGUAACCUGAAGCGUAUGUAACCCAAGGUACCACUGUAUAAAAAUUCCAAUUUAUAUCUAAAAAAUCCUUUUAAAUUUUUUUUUUAAAAAAUCAUUUAUUUUUAUCCACCCUGAUUGGCAGUGAUCUGCCACCCAACUUCCUGGACUAUUAAUAAAGGUAAAGGUACCCCUGCCCGUACAGGCCAGUCGUGACCGACUCUAGGGUUGUGCGCCCAUCUCACUUAAGAGGCCGGGGGCCAGCGCUGUCCGGAGACACUUCCGGGUCACGUGGCCAGCGUGACGAAGCUGCAACUGGCGAGCCAGCACCAGCGCAGCACACGGAAACGCCAUUUACCUUCCUGCUAUAAAGCGGUACCUAUUUAUCUACUUGCACUUAGGGGUGCUUUCGAACUGCUAGGUGGGCAGGAGCUGGGACCGAACAACGGGAGCUCACCCCGCCGUGGGGAUUCGAACCGCCGACCUUACGAUCAGCAAGUCCUAGGCACUGAGGUUUUACCCACAGCGCCACCCGCGUCCCAGUGGACUAUUAAUAUUAUUAUUAUUAAUAAUUAUACGAUAUCCCCCAUUUAUCUUCCAAGAAACUCAAGGGAAGUGGUGUACAUGGUUCUCCUCCUCACAACAACCCUGUGAGGUAGGCUAGGCUCAGAGUUUGUGACUGGCCCAAGGUCAACCUGUGAGCUUCAUGGCUGAGUGGGGAUUCGAACCCUGGUCUCCCAAGUCCUAGUCCGACACUCUGUAUGCCACACCGGCAACAAAACAAGCUACUUGGUAUGGCAGUUAGGCCUUCCCUCUGGCAUUUGACCUGGAGUAUAGGUUGUGAUAAGGGACGCGGGUGGCGCUGUGGGUUAAACAACAGAGCCUAGGACUUGCCGAUCAGAAGGUCAGCGGUUCGAAUCCCCAGGACGGGGUGAGCUUCCAUUGCUCGGUCCCUGCUCCUGCCAACCCAGCAGUUCGAAAGCACGUCAAAGUGCAAGUAGAUAAAUAGGUACCACUCGGGUGGGAAGGUAAACAACGUUUCCGUGUGCUGCUCUGGUUCGCCAGAAGCGGCUUAGUCAUGCUGGCCACAUGACCCAGAAGCUGUACGCUGGCUCCCUCGGCCAGUAAAGCGAGAUGAGCGCUGCAACCCCAGAGUUGGUCACGACUGGACCUAAUGGUCAGGGGUCCCUUUACCUUUACCUUUGUAGGUUGUGACUAAAACCCAGAUGGCCUGUUGUAACUGUGCUCAGUCUCAUUAUUUGCCAACCCAGUGGCAGGAUUUUUAGUCUCUGCUCCUGGUGCACUGGGAAGCAGAGCAACCAAAAGCCCCCCUCUCCCAAAGUCGGCAAUUGGCAUCUAGACUCAGUGUUGUCCGUGGGGCAGGAAAACGGGACGUAGAGGACACACUUUGAGGUCAGUACAUCAAUCAUUGCUGGUACAUAUUGAAGGGAUUGGAGCUGUGUGUAUCUGAGUAACUGCAUACGUGUAGGUGAGCCCAGGAGAGAGAUUAAGAGGAAUUGUGUACAAACAGCGAGAAGCAGAAUGGUGAGCAUUCUGCGUCUCUAUUCCUGCUUCUUGCAGGGCAAGGAAUGACCACUAACUUCGUGUAUGAUGUAGCGCACGGUUAGGCAAACUAAGGCCCGGGGGCCGGAUCUGGCCCAAGUGCCUUCUAAAUCCGGCCCGCGGAUGGUCCGGGAAUCAGCGUGUUUUUACAUGAGUAGAAUGUGUCCUUUUAUUUAUAAUGCAUCUUUGGAUUAUUUGUGGGGCCUGCUUGGUGUUUUUACAUGAGUAGAACGUGUACUUUUAUUUAAAAUGCACCUCUGGAUUAUUGGGGCAUAGGAAUUCGUUCAUUUCCCCCCCUUCAAAAUAUAGUCCGGCCCCCCACAAGGUCUGAGGGACAGUGGACUGGCCCCCUGCUGAAAAAGUUUGCUGACCCCUGGUGUGGCAUGAGAGAGAACAGUGCUCUUCCUCCCCAGUAUGAGCUUCCUGAAUUUCCAGAGCCCCUUCAACAAUGCUAUGUUUAGUGUAGUUACAGUGGUACCUCGCUGUUAAGAGCUUAAUUCGUUCCGGAGGUCCGUUCUUAACCUGAAACUGUUCUUAACCUGAAGCACCACUUUAGCUAAUGGGGCCUCCAGCUGCUGCUGCUGUGCCGUUGCUGCGCAAUUUCUGUUCUCAUCCUGAAGCAAAGUUCUUAACCCGAGGUACUAUUUCUGGAUUAGCGGAGUCUGUAACCUGAAGCGUAUGUAACCUGAAGCUUAUGUAACCCAAGGUACCACUGUAUUGUGAUAACUGAAAUUCUUUUCUGGUCGCAUGCCAAGUAAUACUUGUCAUUUUCACAUUUUUAGGUAAUGGAUAACUUCUUAAUUCAGGUGACCGGAAAGAAGAAGGUUGUACUGUACAGUCCUCGUGAUGCACCAUAUUUGUAUUUAUCAGGUAUGUUACAUGCCACAGGCACUCACUUUCACUUGUGCAGUGGUAUUUCCUCUCCCUAUCUCCUCCCCCACCCCCAAGUCCCACCUGCAACACCUCCCCCCAGAAAACUACUCCAAUGGAGACCCUCCAGAGCAGAUUUUGGGGGCACACAAGCGAAAGGAGAACUCCAGUUGCAUAAGUGGAAGUCUGCUUUCCUAACAAUGGAUUCUGCCCUUGGGGUUUUAUCUAGCUAGGCCAGAACAGAUCCACUGAAGUCAAUGAGCUUAAAUUAGUCAUGUCCAUUGAUUUCAGUGGGUCUGCUCUGACUCAGCUGGAUACAACCCAUUUUCUUCAGUGGUGGGCAGCUUAGUACUCACAUGACCUGCUGGAUCAAACCAAAGGCCUAUCCUGUCCCACUGCGACCCACCAGAUGCCUCUGGCGAGCCCACGUGAAGCAGGGCAUGACAAGAGCAACAUUUCCUUGCUGUUGCUCUCCGGCAGCUGCUAUUUGCUGUCAAACUGCCUCUGAACCUGAAGUUUCCAUUUAGCCAUAACCAUUGAUGGUCAUUGGGCCCUGGGAUAGCCCAGCUGGUAGACCAUGAGACUCUUAAUCUCAGCGUUAUUCCAUACUAAGUAAUGCUUUAUUCCACUUUUUUUACAGACCAGAUGUUAAGCGAACUGCCCUGUAAUUUUCAGGAUGCCUUUUUAAAAAAAAAUAGCAUUGCCUAGGAUUGUGAGCACAUUGCUUUCUAAACAACUCCACAUCUCCUGGGUCAGCACUUAGUCACUUCCAAGCUAUGAAAAGGGGGGGGGGGAACAUCCCCAAACCCCAACCAGACAAAUCCAGUCCUUUCCCCCACUGAGAUAGCUAGACAGAGUAGGCAACUUAUGAACCAGGUGCAAAUUGGUAGAGAUCAUUUGACAGUUACUCCAAUUGGCAGUUUGCAUUCUAGAUGAGACUGAGUAGAAGAUUCUGUCCACAAUGAUCCAUACAUUCAAGCAAUCUUUAUGGAAAUCACUUGAGUGGAGGAACAUAACAGGCUUGUAGCAAAAUCCUGUUGUGCUAUGUUUACUUUUGUAGCCUUAUGAGGCUUUGCCCUCGGGUGGGAAAAAUAUUGCGCCCGGGAAAGGGAAAAUGGGAGUCAACAGACCCUCAAGGAAUAGUUUCAGAGAAAAAGCUUUAUUUCUACCAUCCAUGAACUGGUAGAAGGAGCAAGUGUGAUAACUCACAAAAGGCAUGCACGAGUUCACAGUCAUGUGCACAGAGUAUAUAUCCCCUUCCAGUUCCCUCCCUUUUUCUCCUCCCUCAGGAGUCCUGCCCAUGAGUUCCUCUGAGCAUGAACAGAAAGCUCCCCUGUCUUGGGACUCUUUCGGACUCUUGGCACCCUUCCCAGGAAAGGGGGAAUGAGAGAAGCCUUGCGUUCAGCAUGUUCAGAUGUGUUGCAACUGGAAUGAGAUAAGAUUCAGUUCUCAGGCCUUGCUUUGAACAGAGCCUAUUCAUUAGCUUUUUGAAGCCUUCUUGUACUGAUAAAAAGUAAUGGUUUGCCUAUGCACAUCAUCUUGUGAGAAUAAGCAGAGGGAAGCUUUAGCUGUGGAUUUUUAGAAGACAAAAGGAAUUUUGGACAGUUUUGAGGCCUGGGGUGAUUUCACAGACAGGAUUUGGGUAUCCUGUCCCUUCACUUUCAGUGAAAACAGGUUCUAGUAUUUUUAGAAUUGAGGGUAAGUAUGUCAGCUGUUCUGAUGAAUGUUUCCUUUAAAAGUACACCGUGGCUGAAUUGGAUUCACUUAUAUUUGAUAGCUGCAAAUGUCAGCUAGAGUAAUAGAAAUAGGGUACUAUUGACAGCCUUCAGCACACAGGAGUGUAUACACACACAUGCAGUUUUUCCUCUCUGCCUUUUCUGACACUGGGAUACCUGCAUAGUAUGUUUGCAUCCCUGAGAGUAAUCGAAUAGCAAAACAGUCAUGUCCAUUGUUUGUUCACAUCUUCAUUAGGUACCAAGUCAGAGGUGCUAGAUGUGGACGAGCCAGAUUUGAAAAAAUACCCUCUCUUUGUCAAGGCCAGACGUUAUGAAUGCCAGCUAAAUGCAGGAGAUGUCUUGUUUAUUCCAGGUAAGUGGGCACAGAAAUCUCGUUUUGUUUUCCUCCAUUACUUCUUGGAUUGCUGUUUAAGGGGCUAAAGGUGUACAGUGUAUGUAACAAUCCAAAAAAUUUACGGUGGUACAAUUAAUCAGCUUAAAUCUCAUGGUGCAGCUGUGUGUGUGUCGCUGUGGAUUUUCCCAAGAGGAUGCAUCUUUUAAAAACUGCACCCAAAUGAAUGCUGCAUCACACCUACAAAAAUUAUGUAUUGGGUAUGCUUUGCAUGUGGAUACAUUUUCAAUAUAGCUUGUUUCAAAACUGACCUGGCAUAAUUAUGUUAGCAUAAUAAUAGCAUUUCAGAAUACUGACAGCGUUGCAGACGCUGAGGACAGUAGGCAGUUGUAGCUAUCUGCUCUCCUCAAGAGGGUUUAAGUAUUUAAAUAGCACACAAGCGGACUAAAAUCUAAUCAAUGUACUUGCAUCAGAAUACAUGACAUGCAGUUUAAGACAGCAUUAAUGCUCAGGUGAGGAAAUAGUUGCAUUCACAAGUCUUUGUUUUGUAAUAAGUGUGAUUAAUCUAGCCUACCUGGGAAAAUGGCAGAGUGGACUGUUACAAACUUAGCACUUCAGUUUUCUUAGAAAACGUGAAUGCAAUGUUGACUGAAUUAUAUAACAUUUCUGGAAAUGAGGAUUGGUGUAUAAAGCAGAAAAUCACAUUUCCCCCCUUAACACUUACAGUGGUGCCCCGCAAGAUGAAUGCCUCGCAAGACGAAAAACUCACUAGACGAAAGGGUUUUUUGUUUUUUGAGCUGCUUCGCAAGACGAUUUUCCCUAUGGGCUUGCUUCGCAAGACGGAAACGUCUUGCAAGUUUGUUUCCUUUUUCUUAACACCGUUAAUACAGUUGCGACUUGACUUCGAGGAGCAACUCACAGAACGCGGUGUGGUAGCCUUUUUUGAGGUUUUUAAAGACUUUGAUUUUUGAAGCUUUUCUAAAACUUUCCCGAAACCGUGCUUCGCAAGACGAAAAAAAUCGCAAGACAAAAAAACUCGCGGAACGAAUUAAUUUCGUCUUGCGAGGCACCACUGUACUGCCAUUUUUUUCAGUUAACCAUGGUGCUGCAUUUUAGCAACCUGAGUCCUCUGCUAUACAGGUUUUUCAAGCUUUCUUCCUUUAAACAGUAAAAAGUAAGUCCCUGAAGACUUAUAAAAGGCUAUGUCUGAAUACUAUUAAGAUAAGGACUCAUUUCUAUGAACUGAUCUUUGCUGGUUUGAGGUUAAAAUACUGUCUUCUUCAAAAUGUGUCGUUGGGAGUCUUUAUUUCAAUUUAUGCUUAAAUCAGGCCCCUGCAAAUUAUGAGCCACUAAAUCAAACCUAGCUGCCUGCCCAUGGCAAAGCAGAUCACUAGCAAAUAAAUAUACCUCCUAUUUUUGCUGCCAGGCUUGUGCUGUGGAAACAGGGGUAGGUGUCAAGCACUUGGCAGGUCCAGAUUGCAUGGUAGGUGUGCAACUUGGUGAGGGCAUUACAUAGUCCUGCUCCUAGGUAUUGCAUUAGUCACACAGGAUCUUAGGACUGAGAAUAUAGUCAUACUGUACUGUGUUCUCAGCUGUAGAAAAUCAUAAGCUCCACCUAACUUACAGAAAUUAAUAUUUACAGAAAAAUACUGAAUGCUGAAUACUGAAAUUAUAGCAGUCUCUGCCAAUCUGAAACAUUAAAGUACAAUUACUGUUUGCUAGCCAUAAAAAUUGGUAUUUUUUAUAUAAGAAAAACACAUCAGAGCAUUUGGAACAGCAUUCUCUUUAACUGUUCACAGCAAUAUCUUACAGAUUCUAGUUACUGUAUUCAAGGCAUUUUCAUUCAAAGUUUUUCUCUCUCUGCUUAUAGCUUUGUGGUUCCAUAAUGUGACUUCUGAGGAGUUUGGCGUGGGAGUCAAUGUUUUCUGGAAACACCUUCCUUCUAAUUGCUAUGAUAAAACAGACACCUAUGGAAACAAAGAUCUUGCGGCAGCCUCAAGAGCAGUACAGAUUUUAGACAGGGCACUGAAAACCCUAGAAGAGCUACCAGAGGAAUACAGAGACUUUUACGGCCGGAGAAUGGUUUUACGGAUUCAAGAAAAAACCUACAGUACUAACUAUGAGUAGUUUUUUUACAGACAUCUCAUGAGCUGGCCUACAGACAUUGCACCACUCCCCACUUAAUGUCUGUGUUUGUUGGAACUUUGCCCCAAGUUUAUAUAAAAGUAAAGCUGGAGUACUGGUCCAUUAAUGAAUAGACACAUAAUUUGUCACCAAAAGAAUUUAUUUAAAACAAGUUUUAAAUAGUUUAGAUUAUACAAUACAAAGAGAUGUGGGUGGUGCUUCUUUCCUCUAACAUUUCUUCUAAAAACUGCUCUGUAAGUUUGUGGUAGCUUCAAGCAACUAUUUGCACACAGGGCUCUCUGGACCAGGUGAUUUUAAAUAUAUAAAGAAGAAUAAAAAACGGUAAAGUAUCCCCCCUCCCCGAACUGAAAUACAAAGUUUAUACAAGCAAAGCCUACACAAUUCACUUGGCAGAAUCCAUGAGUGGGUAUUGAACAGAGUUUAAUGGCUGCUUUUCUACAUGAAGAUGAAACUGAGUCAAGCAUAUAAAGUAUUGCAAAAUAACAACUGCAGUUAUUAUGGGAUUGAUGCUGGGGGCUACAAAUUAGCAGGUCAUGCCUUAUCAAACAUCUGGCUCCAGUAGAUACCACCCUGAUAAUCCACUAAGCACCCCCUCAGUGCUUUAUUAAACCUGUUUUAUUUCUUCCAAGAUCUUUUUCCCGUUUGAGCAGACUAUCCUAACAUCAUUAUCCUCCUCAUGACAAAACACAUUUCUGCUCAUUAACUUCCAUUCCCACUUUCUAGAAAUGUCUUUGCAUUUUUAUUUCAAAAUAUGAAAUUUUAUCUUGCAAAUCACAAGGUUUGAUCCAGUGAAAUGUGCAAGGAAGACAAAAGAUGCUGGAACUGACCUUAAAAUGCAGGUGCAAACAUUCAUAUGGUGCCGUAAUAGGGAGCUUCUACAGCCAUGCUCAUAUUUGUGCAAGUGAUUCUAUAACCUGAACACCUUUGGGUUUAGCUCUACUCUUCAGCUUCUGUUUGAAAAGUGGUCUACCAGAAGCAGUUUUGGGCUGUCUACUACAAAAUCUUAAAUUAAAACUCAUUCAAUAUGAUGUAACACUUGCGUUUUAAAAAUAGAUGCAGGUGUAAGCAUUCAGUCUAAAUUUAUGAAGCUGAAAGUACCGUAUUUUUCACUCUAUAUGACGCACCGGACCAUAGGAGGGGGAGAACAGGAAAUUUUUUUUUUCUUGUUCUCCCCCUCUAAAACAAGGUGCGUUCAAAGUGCAUUCACCCAAAGCCUCCGGAGCACAGCGGGAGUUACUGCUGCGCUCGGAAGGCUUCAGGUGGCUACCUUGGAAGCCUGGAGAGCGAGAGGGGUUGGUGCACACUGACCCCUCUCGCUCUCCAGGCUUCAGUGAAGGCAACCCAAAGCCUCUGGAGUGUGGCGGGAGUUCCCGCUGGGCUCCCGAGGUUUCAGGUUCCUUUCGGCCUGCUCUUUGGGGCUGGCGGGGGGAAGCGCUGCUUUCCCCCACCGCCAGCCCCAAAGAGCAGGUCGGGGAACAGAGCAAAGGCUGCACACAGCCUUGCCGCUGCCCCCCAAGCUUGUGGAGUUCCCGCUGUACUCCAAAGGCUUGGGGCUUCAGGGACAGCCUUUGUAGCCUCCGCAGGGCAGCGGGGUGAAGGCACCCCGCUGCCCUGCAGAGGCUUUGCACAGCCAUCCCCAAGCUAGAAGAGGGAGACGGAGCACACCGUCUCGCUGUUCUGGCUUCAGGGACAGCCUUUCUAGCCUCCGCAGGGCAGCAGGGUGCCUUCACCCCGCUGCACUGCAGAGGCUUUGCCCAGCUGACCCCAAGCUAGAAGAGCGAGACGGAGCGCUCCGCAGCGCUCCGUCUCCCUGUUCUGGCUUUGGGCUUAGCUGCACAGCCUGCAUUCGCUCUAUAGGACGCACGCACAUCUCCCCUUAAUUUUUGGAGGGGAAAAAGUGCGCCCUAUAGAACGAAAAAUACGGUAUAUUCCACAUUUCAAUGGCAAAG